CUCCCGCCCAUCAAGGCUCCAGAACAAUAACAUAAUCCAGUGUUGCCAAUACAUUCAACCUAGAUGUAAACAAUGCAAAAAGCUGCCGUGCUAACAAUUUCCCGGGCACAUUUAAAACUUAAUAUAUUAGGUUAUGUAUGGAUAUUUUUUUUUCAAUCAUCAUAUCACAAGUUACAAAAACUCUACUAUCACACUUUUAAAUAAGCAUAACAUAAACACUGUAUAACGAAUAACGAGUUAACGACUAUAACGUUUAAGUACAUUUUAAACUAUUCCCCGUGAGACAUAAUUAGUAAUUACCUUAAUACGUCGAGCGGUGGAAUAUCAGACUGUACACAGACUCUGUGUCACAGAGUAACUGAAAUUUGAAAUACAGAUAUUGUAUUCCAACUUUGUUGAUUGGUUAAUUAUUUCUGUGUAGUGAUUUUUAAAGAUUUUUUAAGAUUCCAGAGUUUAGACUUCGGCAUAUUAAUGAUAAUUUUGAAUGGAUUGUUAAACCGUGAAAUGUGAAUUAAACCAAUUAUAUUUGUUUAUUAAAGUUCCAUAUAUUUUGAUAACAGAAUUGAAUAAAUCUAUUAUGCACUUCUAAUUGCACUGUGUAUGGUAGUCCGCCAUAGUCAAUUUUAAACUAUAAGUACUAUCGAAAAUGAUUCGGUUAAACGUUCCUUUAGUGCCUGAUGAAAACAUUCUCAACAAUUUAUUUGAGAGAAAUAUUUAUACAGUGAACGACUUCCUCCAAAAGAAAACUUCCAACUUGCAAAGUGUAUGCAAUUUACAAUGCAAGGAAGUAACUAAACUAAAAGAUUGUAUGACAGUUAAAUGCUCAUCCCCAUUUGUGAAUGGAUACCAGUUUUAUUUAAAGAGACCCGUAUCAAUUUUUAUUCAAACUGGUAUCAUAAAAUUGGAUAACAUACUUGGUGGAGGAUUAUUUGCUGGUAACAUUUAUGAACUAUGUGGCCCAUCUGCUUGUGGAAAAACUCAACUUUGUUAUAGCAUUCUAUUAAAUUUAAUAAUUACUACAAAAAAGGAUAUAGUGUACAUAGAUACUAAAAAUAAAUUUUCUGUGAACAGAAUCAAACAAAUGUUGAAAAACAAAUGUAAGACAAAUAAUGAAAUUAAUGCUAUUUUAAGCAAAAUCCAUGUGUACUCAAUUUUAGACAUUUACAAGUUAAUUACUUGUUUACAUGGUCUCAAAGAAAAAUUAGAACCUAUAAUAUUCAUAGACUCUCUACCAGCACUAUACCUAUCAUUUAUAGGAUUUGAUAAAAAUGAUGGUCUUUGCUAUAUUAACCAUAUAUGUUCAGUUUUAAAAUACUUAUGCAAUAAAAAUGCUACAAUUAUGGUUACAAAUUUAGCAGUAAAAACUAGUGAUUCUACAAAUUAUUUCAAGCCUGCUAUUGGAAAAUAUUGGUUUCAUAUACCCAAUACAAGAUUAAUGAUUACAACAAUAAUAAAUCAACAACAGAUGUGUAUAAACAUAACUAAAAGUGCAUAUGCACCCUUAAAUGAAAAAUGUAUAUUAAACAUUGAUAAUUUUGGUGUUUCAUAAGUAUAUUUAAU